AAAUAGUGCAUGGUUUGUCGUGUGGAUGUGCCUUGAAGCAGCCGUGUGAGCUGUGGCCGACAGCAGCUGCUGCUUGAGCGUCAUCGUUGUCGUUCGUUUUACCGUUGGAUGGAAUACUCAGCGAAGAGGGGAUUAAAGCAACGCGAAAGGGGCUUCUCAAGAUUGCCGGGUGGACAUUGCUCCCUUGCAAAGUUUCUCGUGCUUGUGCCUGUGCGUGUGUUUUCUCCCCAGGACGACGACGUCAUGGUGAUACCAGCGCACGACACCGUGAACCAGCCUCUUCUUGGAAGGCUGAUUGAUUUCCGCUCAGAAGAGGCGCACAUUAACGGCGAAAUGAUGUGCGGGGCGUCCUCGUCAUCUGACUCACUUGAAGUUCCAACAGAAGCCUCACCGACCAUGAGUUCCAAAAGCCAAAGCUACAGCCACAGCCAGCAGGAAGCCGAUCGACCCUACAUCAAGAAGCCACCCAACGCCUUCAUGCUGUUCCGCAAAGAGCAGAGUCCCAACGUGGUCGCCCAGUUCAACAUCACCAACUCAGCGGCGGUCAAUAAAAUCCUGGGAAAAAUGUGGAAGUCGCUGCCCAAAAAGCUGCAAGCCAAGUAUUACCAGCAAGCCGAAGAGCACAAGAUCCUCCACAGCCUGCAGCAUCCCGACUGGUCCUGCACUGAGAACUACGGCAAAAAGAGGAAGCGCGAUCGCAGCAGGCACUGCACCAACGGCCCGAAGUCACUGGAGGACGAAGCCCCGGUGGCCGACCAGUGCUGCGGCGCAAUGGGCCACGCCCCCGGCGAGGACACCCUGUGCCGUCACUACCACAAGAGCGUCGUGGGGGAGACGCACACGUACGCGCACACGCGUGGCUGCUGACACGCCCACAGAUCGGGAUCCCCCCGGCUGUAACGUUAUGUACCCCCUGCACAAACAGUAACCUACCUUAGUUGAGGAUUUACAUUUGAUUUCCCCGAAAAACAUGUAAAUUAAAAUUCAAGAUGAGAAUAGUACAGUAAACAUCAUCAGGGUGUCCCGCUAUUUGAUUUUCUUUUAAUUCAACUUUGCGCCAACGCUCGUUUAUAAUAAAUGUAAUACCAAUGUCGACCACAGGGUAGCGCUAAACUUACUGAAUUUAAGUCAACAAAGUAUUGAGCGCAAUUUUUAUUGAAAACGGUUGAAUUUUAUCUCCCGUGAACCUGCAUUUUAUGCCUACAAAAAAGUGCCAGUUGCAGGCAGAUUUUUUUUUAAACAAUUUUCAUCUCUGGACAUGAUUAGUGAUGCAUAUUGUGAGAAGUCUGUUUGGAAAAAAAAAUGGGUUUGUUUACUGUAAACAUGGAAUCAGUACAUCAUUACAGUUUGUGCAAUAUUUUAGUGUCAUCCAUUACACUUGCUCUCAAUAUAUUUUCUGUAUUUGUAGUUUUAGCGUGACCUUCAGUUCAAAUAAUAAAUGCUACAAAAGC